AUGCCUUAAUCGUAACAAUGAAUUUUAACCUAAAUUAAUUUAAUCUAAAUUAAAUUUGAAUAUUCUUCUUCUGCCCGUCUCUUCUUCUUGACGUCUUUCUGUAAAAAUAAAAUGAAAACAUGCUCUGAAUGAACUGGCUCAUAAAAAUCAAAGCGAAGGCAUUUUACAAAUUAGUCGAUGACGUGAACUUUGAGGAAGGCGGGUAUUUAUCAACUUGGGAACAUUAUUAGUUCUUAAAAAACCUUUAUCUUUCCUUAUUUUUAGCCCGAACCAAGGGCUUAUGUACCCGUUGUGUCUGUCCGUCUGUCUUCGAUAACUUUAGAACGCGUUAACCGAUUUCGAUGAAAUUUGGCAGAAACAUGUAUCUGUACAUGUAUCUUACAAUUUGUAUGAGAAUUCACCACACCUGAAGAAGGAAAUAUUUAAUUUCCGAAAGCUCGUGUUUUGCUAAAAUAAAUCACAAUGUCUUCCAUGAGACCCGAAAAUUCACCAUUAAACAUGUAUCUGGGCAAUAUGCAAUGCGACGAACGAGUUCGAAGACGGGUUCGAUCAAAAAAGAUUUGGACCGGUGGGGGUCAUAUUAGUGGUGUGGAUUUUUAAAACCAAAGGGAGGACCCUUUGGUUUUUGGCGUUUGGUGCAGAGUAUUCGAAAAUAGUCGUAAAAGACUGAAAUUCGGUAUACUAGUACCAAUAAUAUAAAGUAGGAAAAUGAUUGGACCGGGUGGGGUGACCCAUACCAAUUUUGAAAUAUUGUCCUAGAACAUUGAAAUUAAGCAUAUGGGUCUCUAUUAGCUUCUUAUGAAGUAAUAUGAAGCAACUUUUGAAAAAAAAUUGACACAGAGAUACCCUAUGAGGUGAUCCCCACCGUUUUUUAAAUGUUGUCUUAGAAGUCUGAAAUUUGGUACAUAGGUCUCUGAUGGCUUAAAAUGAGGGAAUAGGAUGUUGAAUUGAGCAAUUUUCAACCUGAACAAUGUUCACGGUGAUAAUGGGAAUGAUGCUCAAUUCGAUGAAGAGAUUAAUGAGAAUACUUUAAACAUACUUACCCGAUGUUGGUUGUGGUAAUUGUAAUGGGAGUGGAUAGAGAAGGGAAAGACGACGAUGACGAUGACUGCGACUGACAAUCGGCACAUCAUGGAAAGAGAUGACAAGGUUAAGGCCCUGAGGGCGAUCUCAACCCUAGUCGAGGAUUUGUUUGGAGGGUCCGGCGAACAUGUUGCCGGAGGUUAUGAAGACAUAGACUCUUGGAGAAAUCAACAGGGUAAUCAUCAACAGGGAUAUGGAUCAUAUAUGGGUGCUGAUUCGUACCAUGUGCCCUCUUACUAUGGAUCAUUCCAACAGUACCCACCGAAUCACUCGUAUCUCGUGAAUGAGGGUGAUCCCUGGUCAAACAAUGGAGGAGGAAGUGAAAUGUUUGUCGGGGGUGGAGGCCACGCCGGCGGUGGAAUGCAUGAAUCUGCUGGCUGCGGGGGUCACUACAAUGUUGCCGAAAUGUUUAGCCGAAGGAAUGACGGAAGCAUCCUUGGAAAUUUUGGAGGCGGUGUUCCCAAUUAUGGCGGGUAUGGCAAUGACAUCCCUCCGAAAAGGAAGCGUGGGGGUCGCGGUAACGGGCCAAAUUCAAAGAAGUGGAAGGAAAGGUGUCACAAAUGUGACGAACGAGGCCAUUAUGCCCGCGAGUGUCCUAAUGGUAGGGGUCCCUUGGGUGGGCGUGUCGACAUGGAUCGUGGCCAGGUUUCUCGGAGGCACGGUGGACCUAAACCAGGAGGAACUCGACCACGGCGAUCGUCCCCAAAUCGGGAACAAAGGUCAAAAGCCUAUGCUGUAGGGAGGCGAACCGGUAGUUGUGGGAGUGUUGCUCCAUGCUCGUCUUCCUCAUCUUCUUCCCCGCCCGGGAAUUUAUUGUCAUCAUCGAGGAACUAUAAUCACCAAAGCGGAUCAAAUCAUUGGGCUUCAAACUCCUCCAAUCUUAAUACUAGUCAAAACGGGAAUGGGCAAGAAAAUAUUUCCGGACUUCAAAUGAAUAACAAUCCAAACGGAAAUGAUCAUGGACGACUCCCCAUGACAGAGGAGGACGAGGACAUGGCGGAGGUUCUGGGUCUGCAACGCCAAGAACAGGAGCAGAACUCCCCCCUGCAGAACACGCCCCUUCAUGACCAAUAAUACUUGUAUUGAAAUAACUUGUUUUAAAUUACACCUACAAUUCUCUGGCCUGGUUAAUGUAACAAUUAUUAAAUUUGGCACAUACAAAAUUA